AUGUACACACCUUCCAUGACGAUUAGUCAUAUCACACGUGACCUCUUGAUAUAUGCCCUUCAGCCCUUGGUCGUCGACGUUUCACAUGUGGAUAUACGACUUGAUCCCGAUCCAAAUGGCUCGCGUUAUGGCCUUGGGACUCUCGAAAAACCCCCUGUUGAAAUCGUCGACCUGGCGCUCGUCCGCCUUGACGUGUGGUCGCUGACUGUUUUCCGACGCGUCAACAAGAGAGCAAGGCUAGUAACGAACGCGAUACCACAGUUUAGGCGCAUCCUCGUUCACGCACCCGCGUUGAUUCGCGGCAGCCUCAACCUAGAAUCCGCGCAAUCCUUUUCCUGUCAGGACCUGUACAAGUCUUUAUCGACGGCCGAGUGCGACAGUUGUGGCGACUUCGACGAAUACCUAUACCUGGUCAUUCUAUGCUUUACUGCGAGGGCCGACUACCUUACCCUACCGCGGAGGGAUGUAACACGCAAGUUCGGACUUGACUCCAAACAUAUAGCGCGUCUGCCUCACAUGAAAAGCUUCCCUGGCUGUUAUUCGCCUCGAGCGAUCAAAUGCCGACGACGUGAAACCCUAGUCGACUGUUCUGCUGCACGACAAGCUGGAAUAACCGUUCACGGCACGGUUGAUUCCAUGGAAAAAUACGUGUCCGAAAUGAUAAACAAGAGACUGGAGAAUAAUAAUUCAGAAGAAGACCCCUUCGAUGGGCACUGUUCUAACCCCAGGCGCUUCAUGGGCAUCAUACGUGCUCCGUGCUUCAACAGCCAACAGCCAUCGCCCGAAUGGGGUCUUCACUGCAUUGCUUGCAAAUCUCAUCAUUAUCAUCGACCAACACGAAGUAUACCAUAA